ACAAUCUGUGGAUGCGCGGGUAGCUGAGUACAAUUCUCCCUGUUUUCUUUUUUCUUUUUUUCUUUAAUAUCGGAUAGAACAGUUAAGUUUUGACACUCAUGAUAUAAACGGAAGUCUUUACAAUGUCUGACGAGGGUGGAGAUAGCAAGGGGCAAGAGGAAUCGUUCCUCCGAACGGAGGAUAUGAUUAGCUUGACUUGUUCGGCUGGAAGAGAUACAGGCGAAAAGUCAUGUUUAGCAGCUGAGGGUUUCGGUAAUAGGAUGUGUUUCCUUCAACCAGCUACAAUAAAGGAUUUACCAACUGACGUAUCAAUAUGUGUAUUUGUAUUGGAACAAGCUUUAUCCGUAAGAGCCUUACAAGAGAUGGUUCAAUCCAGUUCGAAAGGAAAUACGGGUCAAUCGGGUCAUAGAACAUUAUUAUACGGACACGCUGUACAACUUAGGCACAGUCAUAGUAAUAUGUAUCUUUCAUGCUUAUCCACACAAAGUUCUAGCACUGAUAAACUAGCUUUCGAUGUAGGCCUAAUGGACGAGGCUGAAGGAGAAUCAUCUUGGUGGACUAUACAUCCAGCAUCUAAACAAAGAUCUGAAGGUGAAAAAGUAAGAGUUGGGGAUGAUUUAAUAUUAGUUAGUGUGGCUUCCGAACGCUAUUUACAUAUUGGAGCUGGAGAGACAGUUAUGGCUUCGUUUCAACAAACUUUAUGGACUGUUCACCCUCUAAGCUCUGGCGUUGCUAGAUUAAAAUCAGUUGGAUAUGUUUUUGGUGGAGAUGUUCUGCGAUUAUUACACGGCGACGAGUGUCUCACAAUACCCCAAAGAGAUAUGGAAAAUGUUGACAAUUUCAUGGUUAUGUACGAAACGGGAGCCGUUCAUUCGCACGCUCGAUCUCUCUGGAAGUUGGAGCAUAUCAGAACCAAAUGGGCGGAAAGUUUUAUGGGUUGGGGGGUUGGAUGUAGAUUACGUCAUAUUACUUCUGGAAGAUAUUUGUGCGUAACUGAAGAUAAUCAAGUUGUAACUGUUCACAGGAAUUCCGCUUUUUGCGAUGAUUCUGCAUUUCUACUACGACAGUCAAAAGACGACCGAAAGCUAGUUGAGCAGAGGGACGACCAAGGAAUGGGCACUCCUGAUAUAAAAUAUGGCGAUUCCUUAGUUUAUGUGCAACAUAUGAAAACUGGAUUAUGGUUAUCUUAUCAAACAUUUGAAACAAAGAAGAAAGGAGUUGGCAGAGUUGAAGAAAAGAAGGCUGUUAUGAUGGUUGAGGGCCACAUGGACGACGGUUUGACCUUUUCUAGAUCGCAAGAAGAAGAAAGUAAAUCUGCUAGAGUAAUUAGAAAGUGUAGCUCACUUAUACUCAGAUUUGUAAAGGCUCUCGAAUCCCUGCGAACUGAAGGGAGAGGAAGUAAACUCUGGGAGAAUAUUCGUCUUGAUGAAGUUAUUAAGACUCUAGAGGAUUUGAUCGAUUACUUUGCUCCGCUACCAGACGAUAUAGAAUUCGAAGAAAAACAAAAAAGAUUAAAGGCUCUAAGGAAUAGGCAGGACCUCUUUCAAGAAGAAGGAAUGAUAGCCUUGAUUCUGGAGACUAUUGACAGAUGUAGUCAAUGGAAAAAUACUAGACAAUUAGAACAUCUAAUCGGAGAUGAAUCAGCUUCCAGAUGGAAUCAGAUGAUUUCAUACCUUUAUCUUUUACUUGCGGCGAUGAUUAGAGGGAAUAGGGAGAAUUGUUCUCAAUUUGCAGCCACUAGUCGACUUGAUUGGUUAGUAAAUAGAUUGGAAGGAGGGGAAUCUUCAACAGGUGUACUUCACGUACUUCAUUGCGUUCUUAUUGAUUCUCCCGAAGCACUAAACGUCAUAAAAGAACAACACAUUGCAACUAUAAUUUCUUUAAUUGAUAAACACGGAAGAGAUCCCAAAGUUCUUGACAUUCUAUGCUCGUUAUGCGUUGGUAACGAUGUAGCUGUUCGCUCAAAUCAAAACUUAAUAUGUGACAAUCUGUUGCCCUCGCGAGACGUUCUCCUUCAAACGAGAAUAAGACAUAAUGUUCAGUCCAUGCAUCCUAACGUUUUCGUUGGUAAAGUAGAAGGUUCAGCCGUCUAUAGUAAAUGGUACUAUGAAGCUGUAAUCGAUCAUCUUGAAGCUGUGACACAAAGCCCACCUCACAUAAGAGUUGGAUGGGCUUCAACUGCUGGCUACAUGCCAUUUCCCGGAGCGGGAGAGGGCUGGGGAUGUAAUGGUGUUGGCGAUGACCUUUUCUCUUAUGGAUUUGAUGGAAGUUGCCUUUGGACAGCAGGUAAACCAACACCAGUUAGGAUGUCACAGCCUUUGACAAGAGGAGACGUUAUUGGAGUUUUUCUAGAUUUGACUAUACCUCAAAUAUCAUUUACCAUUAAUGGGUUGUUAGUUCCGGGUUUCUUUUCCGACUUUAACACAGAUGGUAUGCUUUUUCCUGUAAUCAGUUUAUCAGCAAAGGUCUCUGUCCGAUUUAUGUUGGGCGGAGAUCAGGGUAAAUUAAGAUACGGUCCACCUGAAGAUCAUUCACCUCUAUACGAAUCUUUGCUUUCAAAGCAAGUAGUUACCAUUCAACCUUGUUUUAGCAUGGGUGAUCCCAAUAAAGGCAUUCUCAGAGGUUACGCGGAAAUGGGAGAAGUUGUUGCCUUUGUCCCCCAACCUGUAUCUACUGAUCAUAUACAAUGCCCCGCCUACGUAGAUAGUGUAAGAGAUAAGCUGGCCGAAAAUAUUCACGAAUUAUGGGCUAUGGGAAAAAUCGAACAAGGAUGGGCAUGGGGCGACGAGAGGGAUGAUUAUGAUAAAUUUCAUCCAUAUUUGACUAGCUUUGAAAAGUUGCCUGAUAAUGAAUUAGCUUAUAAUAUCUCAUUAGCUCACGAAACUUUGAAAACCAUCCUAUCACUUGGAUAUCAUAUGAGUUACGAUCCACAGUAUACAAGCAAUAGAGGAAGUCGUUUAAAAUACCUUAAAUUAGGUAAUAAUUAUCUCCAAGCAAAUGGUUUUAAACCAUCGCCACUGGAUCUGAGCAGUAUAACUUUGAGUGAUAGAUUAGGCGACUUAGUAAAUCUAUUAGCUGAAAAUACCCAUAAUGUUUGGGCUAAGGAACGAAUUCGCCAAGGUUGGACGUACGGUCUAACAGAAGAUUCAUACAAUAAACGAACCCCACAUCUGGUUCCUUACAAUAAAGUGGAUGAUAUAAUAAAGAAAGCGAACAAGGAAACUGCCAGCGAAGCUGUAAAAACCCUUAUCGCCUAUGGUUACACUUUAGAAUGUCAAUCAAGUGAAGUUUCCGAAAAUGCAACGACGAAAGAUAUACAUGAAAAGAAAUCGAAUACGUUGACCUAUAGAUCUCAAAAGACUUAUGUUGUCGAAUCUGGAAAGUGGUAUUAUGAGAUUGAGGUAUUAACUGCCGGAUUCAUUAAAGUCGGUUUUGCCAAAGUCUCGUGUAGCCCAGGAAUAGAGCUUGGUUUAGAUGGAUCCUCUUAUGCUUUUGAUGGAUAUUCUGGUCUUAAAUGGCAUAUGGGAUCGGAGGUUUAUGGAAAACAGUGGAAAGUUGGCGAUGUUAUUGGAUGUAUGUUGGAUCUAACUGAUCAAGCCAUUAGCUUCUCACUGAACGGUGAAUUAAUGAUGGAUAGAAUGGGUCAAGAAAUUGCCUUUAAAGGUAUUGACGUUAGUGAGGGAUUCGUUCCAGCAAUCACCUUGGGGCCUGGUCAAAUAGUAAAAUACAAUUUUGGACAGAAUGUUUCUUCCUUGAAAUAUUUUACGUGUUGUGGUUUACAAGAAGGAUUCGAGCCAUUUUGCGUAAAUAUGACAAAAAUAAUGACUCUAUGGUAUGGUCGCGAACAAGCAUUGUUUAAUCCUAUUCCACAAAAUCAUCCCAGAUUGGAAGUUACAAAGAUAACCGGUGGUAGUUCUUCGCCACCAGCACUUAAAGUUAAUUCAAAAACAUAUGGAACACUGGAAAGGACAUGCUUAGAAUUCUUGAGAUUAUCUAUGCCAGUUCGAUGCAAUAAUGUCCUAAUAUCUCAAAGGGAAAAGCCGCAAAUACGACUUACUGAAGACGAACCUUCUGUUACAACUAAAGAGAAGAGGUCAUUGUUUAGAAGUAAAGGAAAUAAAACUAAGUCUUUAGAAGAUAACGACGGAAGAAGGGAAAACCCUAUGUACGGUAAAGGUUCAGCUAGCGAAAUGAAUCUCAAUUCUGGAUUGUUAUCAAUACCUUCUGGAGGAUCGAAAUUUUCACUUUCAAAUAAAUUAAGCGAUAAGCAAAAGAAAUCGAAAUCAGGAUUUUCAUUAUUUAAAAAAGGUAAAUCAAAUGAACAGGUCUCUGGUAGUAAUAAAACAGGAAAGAAGUUACCUAUACAAAAAUACCAUACCCCCGACUAUUCGGAUGAAGAAUCAUUGGAGAGUGAUGGUCCUAUGGGACCAGAAAUAUCUAUUAUGCCUCCAAGAGUACCACCUGAAUUUGGUUUAGGUAAAUCAAUGAAGAAAGCUGGAUCGGAAUUAAGCUACGGAUCCGAAGGGCUGGAUACCGAAGUUAUGCACUUGGAGGCUAAUUUGCAAGUUAUAGAUGAAUAUUAUUUCGGCGUACGAGUGUUCCCUGGUCAAGAUACAAACCAAAUAUGGGUUGGUUGGACAACACCUGGUUUUCACAAUUAUUCAAGUGAUUUUGAUCUAUCAAAACAUGUUAGAAGCGUUGCUAUUUGUACCCAAACCCUAGAUUAUAGGAUAAAAUCGGCCGAUAUUCAGAAGAAUUGUUAUAUGGUUAACGCGGCGGAUGCUGAAAGUCGGCAGAAAGAACAUGAUGAUUCGGGUAAACGAACAAGUCCCGGUCUUUUAAUUGGUUGUCAUAUUGACGUUUCAACUGGAAUAUUAACCUUUACUGUAAAUGGGCAAGAAUUACCCGAUAUUUAUUACGUAGAGCCAGGUGCCAUAUUAUUUCCUGCUGUAUUCUGUGGACCGACAAACAAAGAAGUGUUUCAAUUUGAGUUAGGUCGAACAAAGAAUGCCCUACCUUUGUCGGCAAUCAUGUUUAGAGGAGGAAAACACGUAAUACCACAGUGUCCUCGAAGACUCGAUGUUCAAAUAUUACAACCUUUCCAUUGGUCACGUGUACCCAAUGCUGGAAUGAAAGUACAUACGUUAAAAUUAUCUGAGGUUAGAGGUUGGAGUAUGCUCUGCGAAGAAUCGUUGGCAGUUAUGGUUAUUCAUAUUCCGGAAGAGAAUAGAUCGUUAAACAUACUAGAGCUUAUAGAACACCCAGAUCUUUUAACUUUCCACGCAAAAACUCUUCAAUUAUAUUGUUCUGUUUGUUCACAUGGUAAUCAUAAAAUGGCCCAUGUAUUAACGAAGCACGUGGAUGAACAACAGCUUAUGUAUUGUAUUAAAAGCAAAUAUAUGUCUGGUCAAAUGAGAAUGGGAUUUCAUAAGCUUCUUAUUGCUCUUCAUUUAGCAGCCCAUGCUAAAGAUCGGUUAUUGACACAAAACGAAUAUAUUGUUCCUCUUCCGUAUGAUCAACCUGUUGAGUUGUACAAGGAGAUUAACAGACACGAUCCUACUUCGGUAAUUCGUUCAACGAUUCCAUCUAUCGAAAUGAGUGUGAGUGUGAGACCGAAAAUUAAUUUGGAAGAGCUAAGAGCUCAAAAGGACAAGACAGAUAUCCACACCAGCCCAUAUUUCCCUCUUAAUCAAUUAAAGCUAGAGGUGAUGACUCUCUUAACUGAUGCUGUUGCAAAUGGGGCUGAUCAUAUAAGAGACCCUGUAGGGGGUUCUAAUGCAGAUAUGUUUGUCCCUCUUUUAUUGGUUGUCGAUAACCUCUUGGUGAUGGGUUUAUUAAAUGAUGCAGAAUUUAAUCAACUGCUCUGCUUAAUCGACCCUACAAGCUUUGAUCCAACAUACGAUAAAGAUACAAACAAAAAACGUGGAUUAUUACAAAUUAAGUUAUCUGAACCAGUUAAGCUGGCAUUAACACAGAUUCUUCAUCAUUUAUGUGAUAUCCAAUUGCGACAUAGAGUUGAAGCAGUCGUUUUCUUCGCUAAUGGAUUUGUGAAUUUAUGCCAGGAGAUAUAG